GCUUUAUCAGAGCUCUGCACUUUUUUAAAAGGGCCUUUUUAAGCUCUUGACCAGGGAGUGCUCUCCACCUCAUCCUGACACAUAACUCCUCAGGAGAGAACUGCCUUGACAUCUCCAAGCCAGGGAGUUCCUUUUUGCAAGAACAAGAACAUCAGAUACAUUGGAAUUAAGAGAACUAUCAAGGUGAAGGACACCAGGCCAGACGGAGUUGGUGCAACCAGACCCUUCGUUAUGGAUUGUUGGCUCACUUCUACCAGUAGAUUGUCUGUUUGGAUUGAUUAAUGACUCCUGAAUUGCUGUAAGAAUCUGAUGAAUGAUCUUUAGUUGAAGAACCGUCACCAAGACCUGAGUGCAAAUUACAAACUGCAGAAUCUUCCAGUUCAAGAAAAAGGGAAAUACAUGUAAAUCACCUCUACUUGGUCAAAAUAUUCUUUAUGGUGUCUUGGGAAGACUCUAGGAUGUCAGUGCUGCUGGCUAGCCUUCUGUUGCUGAUCUCCUCGCAAAUGCUGGCUUUAUACCCUCACUUUCUGAAGGGCCAACUCUCUUUAAGUUUUUAAUGCCACUGAUCCACAUGAAAUAAGAACUCUGGCAUCCUGGCUGGAAUUUGCCUGAGGUGGGACUUGGACAAUAACCUGAGGUUGCUCAGGAUGAUUUUGUCGAAGAUGCCUACUUGCUGUGCUUGCUUUGCCAGUAAUGAUGAAAAGGCUGCAUGCCAGCUCAUGAUGGAUAUGGCUCUGCAUUCCUUUGAUGACCAGUAUCUAGGGUGCAGAGAGCAGGUGAUGGAAGAACUGGAGAGAGGAGACUAUUUCCAAAAGGAAAUAGCUGCUAACAAGGACUAUUUGAGUCUCUGGAAGAAGGCUCAAGAGGCCUUGUUAAAGAGCCCUGUAGGUCUCCUGAGGGAGAUGCACAAAAGCCAUGCCAUAGUCCUCAUGGCUUACACCAUGAACUCUUCCCUGCACUCUCAGCUGAACUGGGCCACAUCUGUAGCAGGAAGCUCUCCAGAACACUACAGACACAACUUCAGUUUCAAAUAUUUUCACUUUUACCUGACAACUGCUAUCCAGAUAAUGAAGCAACGGCAGAGCAGCAAGGAGAGCACAAGGAAACGUAAGUGCUACCAGGUGCACAGGGGUGUAAAAGACUUGUAUAUCGAAGCCAUGGAAGGCAGCAAGGUGCGAUUUGGCCAUUUCACCUCCACCUCCCGCCUCUGGAAUGAAGCCCAGAAAUUCGGGAAUGAAACUCUGUUCACAGUGACCACUUGCCUGGGAGCAGCUAUGCAAGGCUUUUCUUACUACAUAUCUGAGAAGGAAGUCCUCAUUCCCCCUUAUGAGACAUUCCUUGUCAAAAGCUUCUCUCAGGCACAGCACGGUAACCGGCUGCAUCUCCAUUCUGUUGGGAACUACAGCAAGUACCACUGCCAUCUCGUGGAAGCUUCAAGUAGCAAGAACAGUGGUUCCACUGCCCUCACCUCUGCUAUUCUUCCUAGUGUAGUUGGAGUUUUCAUGUGCUUGGCUCACAGUGACUGAUUCUCUGGCUGCAUCUAGAUAUAUACACUUGAAUAGCGGGCAAGAAGAAUUACAGGAAAUGAGACUCUGGGGUUCCUGCUGCUACAGAAGCUUCAACCCUCCCUUUGCUUUGAGCUGCAGCUCUCUAGCUGAGACUG